AUUGGGAGAAAAAUGUCCAAUCUUACCUCCACAUCUGAAUUUCUGCUGCUGGAAUUUUCAGACAUCCGAGAACUACAGAUCUUAUAUUUCUUUGUAUUUCUAGCAUUAUACCUGACUGCAGUGACUGGCAAUCUUCUCAUCAUCAUUGCUGUAGCCCUUGAUCAUCACCUGCAUACCCCAAUGUACUUCUUCCUAAUGAACUUGGCUAUUCUGGACCUUGGUUCAGCUUCUUUCCUAAUACCCAAAGCCAUGGCCAAUUCCCUCAUGAACAGCAGGUCAAUUUCUUAUUCAGGAUGUGUAGCUCAAGUUUUCUGCCUCUUCUUCUUUGAAGGGUCAGAUUUUGCCAUCCUAACAGUAAUGGCGCAUGAUCGGUAUGUCGCUAUCUGCAAACCAUUGCAAUAUGAGACAAUUAUGCAUAAAGGAGCCUGCAUUCAGAUGGCACUAAGUGCAUGGAUUAGUGGCAUAGUUUAUGCCAUUUUACACACAGCUGGCACUUUUGCCAUCACUUUCUGCUCCAAUGUGGUCAAUCAGUUCUUCUGUGAAGUUCCACAGAUUCUAAAACUCUCCUGUUCAGACCUAUAUCUAGUUGAAGUUGGUAUUAUUAUAUUUGGCUCUGGCAUAACAGCAGGAGGUUUUAUCUACAUCGUUAUAACUUAUCUGCAGAUUUUUGCAACACUGCUCAGAAUGCCUUCCUUGCAUGGUCGUAAAAAAGCUCUUUCCACUUGCCUUCCCCACCUCACUGUUGUGUUUCUGCUUGUAUGUAGUGGACUCUUUGCCUACGUGAGGCCUCCUGGUAACUCUUCUUCUGAGAUGAAUGUCAUUUUUGCUGUGUUUUAUGCCAUAUUACCUCCCUUGCUCAAUCCAUUCAUCUAUAGCAUGAGAAACAAAGAAAUCAAGACUGCAUUGCUGAAGCUCACUGCUUUUGGACAUUUUCCCAAAACCAUCUCUGGCAAAAGUAUUUCAAUAAAACUGAGUUGGACAGUGUUCUCUAGAUGA